AUGUCUUCUUCAUCUUCAUCAUCAUCUUCAUCAGUCUUCUUUCAACAGACGACAUUUUCAAACUCUGACAUUCAAAAUAACGCGUGGCAACCAACUGCUAAUACUACUGAUACUACUAUUCCAGUACAAGUUAUUGCUCAACCCCAGCACCAUCAAGUGGUUCGUCCAGUCUCUUCACAACAACAACUACAUCAACAGCAACAACAACAGCAACAACAGCAACAACAGCAACAACAGCAACAACAGCAACAACAGCAACAACAGCAACAACAGCAACAACAGCAACAACAGCAACAACAACAUCAUCAUCAUCAUCAUCAAGUAUUUGUGCCCCUUAAAGAAGCCACCCAAUCACCAGUGUCAAGUUUGAAUUAUUCUACUACAAUAACAAAUUCAUCUUUAAAUGAUUCUUCACCUCCAAGUGGUAGCAGGUCUCCCACAAAUCUUGCUACUAUUCCCAUUUCUAAUACUACUACUACUACUACUACUACUAUUAAUACUAAUACCACAAACAACAACAAGUCUCCUCUUAAUAUGACAACAAAUAUAGAUACCAAUAACCCUUGGAAUUCUUCUUUUAAUCCUCAAUAUCAACAACAACAACAACAACAACAACAACCUACAAACCAAUCAUCUGUUUCAGGGGUUGGUAAUAGUGGACUUUUAAUGGGAGGUCCUGUGGGUGGAGCUCGUAAGCGUCUUCCUGUGGCUAAAACAAAUAUUUUGGAACGUGCGUUUCAGGAAAACCCCAAGCCUGAUAAAAAGUCUCGUGAGAAUUUGGCUCAAAUUACUGAAAUUCCAGUUAGAAAUAUUCAAAUUUGGUUUCAAAAUAGACGCGCAAAGGCUCGAUCAAAUGAAGAAGAAAAUAUCAUUAAAAAAUUACAAGCUACAAUGCCUCACCUGCCGGCUCAGGAACAUCAACAUCUUAAUGAAAAAAUUAAUGAUAAAAAUUUAGAUGAUAAUAAUAAUAAUAAUAGUAAUAAUAUUAUUAUUCAAGAUGUUUCACAAGUUACAAUGGCUUUUCCUAAGCAACAGCAACAACAACAGCAAAAUCAACAAAUGUUUGCCGGGCAGGUCCCUAUACAACAAGUUCAACCUAAUUCUCAACAAAGUGGGCAGCCGCAGCAGCCGCAGCAGCCGCAACAGCCGCAGAUGCAGCAACAGCAGCAGCAGCAGAUGCAGCAACAACAAAUGUUUCAAAGUCAAAUUGUAAACUCUAAUCAAUUUAUUCCUCCUGGACAAAUUAUUUCUAACCAAAUUAUUCCUAUGCAAAUUACCCCUGGGCAAGAUGUUAACAACAACAACAACAACAACAAGACCCAAAUUUACGUCAAUAGUAAUGGCCAAAUCUUGGUUCCUGGGCCGGUCCCUGGACAAUUGGUGGCAACAGGACAAGUAAUUGAGUUUGAGCAACUUAAACAAAUUCAACAGCAACAAAAGGAUUUAGCUAACCAGCCUAUUCAAAACUACAAUUUUAUUCCUUUGUCAGGAAAUGGUUUAGUAAACCAACAGCAGCAGCAACAGCAGCAACAACCACAACAGCAGCAACAAUCUCCUAUUAUUAUUCAACAACAAUCACCUACAAUUAUUAGACAGCAAACUGGAUCUAAUCAAAAUAUAUCACAACAACAACAACAGCCACCUCCUCCUCCUCCUACUCAUCAUUUAAAUGCUUCUAAUGCUCUUGUUUCAAAUCCUCAAGUUGGCUCUUUUAUUAACUUUCCUAUUCAAGUCCAACCCACUGAAUCUAUGCAUUCAAUGCAAUCAAUGCAAUCUACCAUGCAGCAGCCUCUUGUUCAGCCUGGCAAUCAUUCCGUGCAAUCUCACAACAAUAAUAGGAAUAAUAAUAAUAAUAAUAAUAACAUUAUUAUUAUGCACUCUACCUCAUCUACUAUGCAACAGCCACCUGGAGAACAAUUUGAGCAACGCCAACAGCCAAUAUUACAACAAAUGCAACCGAUUGUUCAACAACAGCAACAGCAACAGCAACAGCAACAACCUCCAAUGCAACAAAUGCCUCCUCAAGUAGGCCCACAAAUGGUCCAACAAAUGCCAUCUCAAAUGGCACCUCCAAUGUCUUCCCCCAUGCUUCCUCCUCCUCCUCCUCCUCCUCAACAACAACAACAACAACAACAAGUUGGUCCACAGAUGAGCCCACGAAAUAUCCAGCAAAUACCUAUGCAACAAGUUGUUUCAGAAUCUAUGCAACAACCUCAACAACAUUUCCAAUUCCAACCACCCAUUGUCAUGCAAAUGCCAAUGCCAAUGCCAGUCCAAAUGCAAGUUCCUGUUCAAGUCCCUAUCAAUAGACCCCCAUCAAAUUUAGCACUUGCUUCGGGUCCUCCACCCCCACCCCCACAUCAACAUCAACAUCAACAUCAACAUCAUCAACCCCCAUCUCAAAUCCCUGGCCCUAUUCCUACACCUACCCUUCAAAUUCCAUUCCAAACUCCUCCAGCAGGAUCACCAAUUUCUCCUCCAUCUUCAUCUGCAUCUGCAUCUACUUCUACAUCUUCUUUCUCAUCUUCAUCAACCCCAAUCUCUACCUGUAAUUCUUCCUCUUCUUCUUCUUCUUCUUCUCAUUCCUCUUCAAACCCACAUCCACCACACCCAAAUCCUACCAAUGUCUCACAGAGACCUCGUCCAGCAAUGCAUAUUAACCCGAACUCUGCAAACGCCCUGUUUGUUCAACAACAACAACCCCUCUUUGUAUUAGCCGGAUCCCCGUCACCCGGAAGUUCUCUCCUUGUUCCUGCUUCAGCAACAUCAUCAUCAAUGUCCGGUCCAAGUCCAUCUGCCGUACCACCAUCAACUACCCCGCUAUACACUCCAACAACUCCCCUCUAUACAAGUCGCCUACAAAAUACCAUCAAUAACAAUCCUGCCACCAUGUCAUCGCUCCGCAGAAGCUAUUCCGCUACAGGACAUGGAGGACUGCUUUCCGUGAAUGGUAAUAACCAUGUUGUUGAUUUAAACAUGGCUAACAGCAUUCCAUCAAAUAAUCAACAAAACUCAUCAUUAGUACAGCCAAUGCCUACCUCAUCGUCAUCGUCAUCUUCAUCUACAACUGUAACCACCCCACUUACAGGUACCAGUAUAAUUAGUAAUGCCACUACUGCUAGCAGCAGCAGCAGUAUUAACGGCAGCAGCAGCAGCAUUUGUAGCAGCGCGCUACCUCCCUCCGUGCCUGCGUCGGCUACGGCCGCCGUCUUUGAUGAUUAUGGCGGUCUGCUGUCGCCCAGCGGGUCUCCGUUUCUUUCUGUGCGGUUCCCAUCGGACGCCAAGCGCCACGAGCUUGAAGGUGGGGCAAGCGGCGCUGCUUCUUCUUCUUCUUCUUCUUCUUCCUCUUCUUCUUCUUCUACUACUUCUUCCUCUUCUAGUUGUGCUGCAUAUGCUGGUUAUAGUGGUGUUAACCUUAAUUCACACCCUGACCAAGUUCCUAAACGCAGACGGUCCAAUGCCGGCACGGUUUUAGAACCUCCUGGGUCUGCGACAUUAUCAGGAACCUCUCCAUGGCGAAUCAAUAAUAAUAAUAAUAAUAAUAAUAAUAAUAAUAACACUGCCAAUUGUCAACAGCCAAUUGGCAGUGGAAGUGCACCCACUACGUUUAUUUCAUUUACAAAUGGUCCCUUUAGUGGACCCAUUAGUGGGCCUCCUAGUGGAUGUACUCCUCCUUCAUCUUCUAUGAAUGUUGCUUAUCCUUCACCGGCCAGUUCUGCUAGUGGUGGUAGUAGUAGUAGUGGGAGUAACAUUGCUGGUUUGAAUAAUAACAAUAAUAAUAAUAAUAAUAAUAAUAAUAAUGGGGUUGGUCUUGAACGUCGAGGAAGUCCAUUUGGGUUGCCAGUUUCUGGUGCCACUAUGGUACCAAUGAAUAUGACACCAACAAUGACGACAAUGACAGGUGGUUCUAAUUCAAAUAGUGGUGUACUUAUGAAUGUACCUCCACCAUUACCACCUACAAUGUCUUCCUCCUCACCUUCUAUGGCCAUGUCAAUGGAACCACCAACAACAACAACAACAACAACAACAGGUGUAUCCAAUUCCACUUCCCCGGAUAUGUUUAAUAGUUUAUUUGCAUUACCGGAAGAAUCUGGAGAUGGAGAAGAUGAUGGGUUUUUUGAGCAAUUGGUUCGUGAGAUUGAGGAAAGUUCAUUUUUGUGUCCACAACCACCGCCCGAUGUUGUUGCUUAA